AUGGCUCCUCUCAAAGCUGGUGACAAGUUCCCCGAGGGCGUCAAGUUCGAGUGGGCCCCCAUCACCAACGCCGACCCGACAUCCUGCGGCAAGCCCCAAGAAUAUGACGCCAGCAAAGAGUUCGCGGGUAAGAAAGUUGUCCUCGUCGCUGUCCCCGGCGCUUUCACUCCCGGCUGCCAGGCCAUGCACUUGCCCCCAUACAUUCAGCUCCAGGACGAGCUGCAGUCCAAGGGCGUCGACAAGGUCGUCGUCAUUGCGUCCAACGACUCGUGGGUUAUGAAUGCUUGGGGCAAGGUCAACAAGGUCACUGGUACGGACUAUCUUCUUCUCAUGAGCGACUCCAAGACCUCGUUCGGCAAGACACAUGGCUGGAUGGCAGGUAUGGGCGAUCGGCUGGGACGCUUUGCAAUUGUGAUUGAGAAGGAUGGCACGAUUAGCUAUGCCGAGAAGGAGGACAACCCGAGCCAAGUCACGGUCUCCGGUGCGGACGCUGUUCUUGCGAAAUUGUAA